GAGAGGGUGCAGCACAUCUCUGAAGAAUGGACUCUGUGCUCAGUUCAGUGCAGGUUUCCAGGAAGCCUUUCUUCCCCUACUGAGAGGUGGUUUAGAAACAGCUGUCAUCGUCUGAGACCUCUAUAAGACAACCUAUCUCAACACUGCCUGACAAAAAACAACCAGCUGGAAACGCGAGGCACAGCCUCAUUUAUAACAGGAGAAGACUGGUUGAACAAGAACAAGUCUAGGACGAAUAGAUUAAAGCCACACGAAUGUCAUGCUUCAGUGGAGGGACACUCAAGGAAAUCUGACCUUAUGUUCAAAGGAGUUAAUUUGGUCACUUCCCCAAAUGUACUUAAAUGUGACUGCUGACUUAGACCAUGGACAGUCUUAAAUAUUUAGCCUGUCUAAAGGUGCAUCCACUCUCUGUUUGCAAGUCUGCAGCUGUUCACAGUAUCAGCAUCCACACUGGAGAAUGAUCAGAGCUUAAAGUGGCCACUGAGUGUGUAUAAUCCAGCAUUAAUCUUAGAUGAAACUGUUCACAGCCCUGUUAUUUUAAAAAUGCAAACGUGCAAAAGUGCAACAUACAUUUAAAAUGAAUAAGAGACGUUGAGAAGUAGAUGAAUAAUGUUUUAGUGUGGAACAGAACGAGUCGACCACAUUCAGUUUGCAGUAACUCUGCUGGAGGAUACACUGCUUUUAAUACUUUUCUUCUGUACUGUAAAAACAGAGAAGUUUGCAGCCACAGCAGUCGUAUAUGAAAUGUCAGCGUCAGAAACAGAGCAAAGAGGAACAAACCCGCUUUCUUGGCUUCUCAUACUCAUCUGUUUUUGUUGUUUUUAACUGGAUAAAGCUGCUGACGUUCUCUGAACUUUCUCUGUUCAUUUAAUAUUUUUUGAUUUCUGAUUAAUUUAAAUCCUCUGUCACAUUAGUUUACAUGUUCUACUGCACAUAUACAGAAAAAAAAGGACAGAGAGAGAGGGGAAGGAAAUGUUAAAUGAAUGCAGCCUCAACUUCUUGAUUGACCAGCUUUACGAUGAAACCCCCUCUGUAUCAUUAUCAUACUGUGGGUGCAGCUAAAAGCUGUGAGAACACAGACAGAGAUAGAGGAAGAGAGAGAGAUAAAGGAAGGAAAUGUUAGAUUAACGCAGCCUCGGCUUCUUGACUGACCACACAGACAGACAGUGAGUUUGAAGUGACAGAGUCAGUUCAUCUACAGCUGAAACAUUUUCUCCAUCAGGAUCAAAUUCAGAAUGAAUCUCCACCAUGUUCUGUUCUUCUGCUUCUUCUCAGCACUGUGUGGUGGAAACUCUGGGAUCAACAUCUAUACAGGACCUGAAGGAGGAAGUGGAACAAUUAAUUGCUACUUGACUCUGUCUGGAAACAGGAAGUUCUUCUGUAAGAAUGAAUGUAAAGGAGAAGACGUUCUUAUUAAAACAGAUGAUGUCAGAGCUAACAGAGGCAGGUACAGCAUUGAAUAUAAAGGUGAAUCUUCUGGAAGAGGAAUUGUGUCUGUGACCAUCAGAAAUCUGACCCAGUCUGACUCAGGACGGUACAGGUGUGGUCUGGGUGGAUCUUUGGUUCCAGAGUCAUACACUGACUUUGGGGUCAGAGUUUCAGAUGAGCUGCUGGAUAAAAACUCUGGUUUUCUCAGAACAGACACUGAAGGAGAAAAUGUCACAUAUCCAUGCAUCGAUGCUGUGAACAGAGACAGAAUCUUCUUCUGUAAGGGAGAAUGUAAAAAAGAAGAGGACAUUCUCAUUGAAACAGAUAAGAACAGAGCUCAGAGUGGCAGAUACAGCAUCGAAUAUAAAGAAGGAUCUACAUUUGGACUGUAUGUCACAAUCACACAGGUGGUCAAGUCGGACUCAGGACAGUACAGGUGUGGUUAUGGCAGAGCUUUGUCUCCUGAUUCAUCACGCACGUUCUCAGUCAUUGUUGUCAAUGUAUCAGCAGCUCAGGCCACUUCAAAACCAACCUGGACUCACCGACCUUCCUCAACCUCCACAUCAAGAACAACACAGGUCACUUCGUCAGCUUCCCCUGAAAACACCAAGACAUCCACAGUCUCAUCCCUCCCAGCCCUCAGCUCUGUCCCUCGCCCAGGUUAUUUCCUGCCUCUGGUUGUGCCCUUGGUGUUUGUGCUGCUGGCUGUUUCUCUGCUGGUUUUCUACCAGUGUAAGAGGAAGAGGAACUUUGAAGAAAACAGUGAAGAAGAUGCAGACUACGUAAACAUGGAGGUACCUGACAACAACUAUGAGAAGUGGGGUCCAGACUCAAAGUGUGAAGACUCUGUCUACCAGAACUUCAAUCCUGCCAGCAGGGAUCAGGACCAAGUUUAAUCUGCAUAUCCAAAGACAGAAAACAAAUGGUAAUGUUUGGAUUUGAAUCUGGAUUUUGUAUUGUGCUGUUUAUAGUAUAAACCUGGUGUUUUUCAUAUUCUCUCUUCUGAUGAUACAGAUGUUUGUUAAGGUGUUCAGCCUCUUCUCACAUGGUUAUUCUGAAAUAGCAGUUUCUUGAUGUUUCUUCUUUUAAACUUGGAGUAAUACACAAAGAAAUGAGAACAGUCCAGAUUUAAAAUGUUGCUUGAUAAGGCAGUUGCACUUUGUAAUGGAAGCUAAGAAUAGCCAAGUUUCCUCAAUUAUUUGUUCUGUUUUUUUUUUCAGUAUUAAGUAAUUUCAUUUGUCACACUUGUUGAAUGAUGAAACAAGGAGUGUGUGUCUGUGUGUGUGUGUGUGUGUGUGUGACAAAGAUGUUGUCAGUUAUAUUCUUUUUAUCAUCAUUUACUCAUUUUCAUCAUUUUAUAAUUUUCUUUAAGUUUUGAGGAUCAGUGUGUAACGUUUAUGUGGAUCUGUUGGUAGAACUGGAAUGUAAUAUACGAAGACAUGUUUUAUUAGUGUGUAAUACCCUAAAACUAAUUAUCUGUUUGUGUUCGCUUAGAAUGAGCCAUUUAUAUCUACAUAGGGAGCGGGUCCUCUUUCACAGAGGCUGUCAUGUUGUGCCGUUUCUACAGUAGCCCAGAGCGGACAAACUGAACCAAACAGUGGCUCUAAAUGGGGCUAUGGGACUGUCUGACACACUUGGAGAGGGAGAGCUCAGGGGACCAGUAUUCAGUUGGCUGCAGUUAGCGUUCUCACCACUAGAUGGCACUAAAUCCCACACACUGCUCCUUUAAGCAUUGACUAAUGUAAGUCAAUGAUAAACAUAUGAUCUUGUUUGCCUUGUCAUCAUAUCGUACAUCUCUGCAGAUGGUUGAUCUUUACUGAUACGGAGCUAAAGACACACCCUUCUCUCUCCACCUCAGGUAUACUGUUUUACUUCCAGACAAAAUGAGUUAUUGGUGGUUUGAUGUUUAUAGAUGUUGACUGAGGGAAUGUCCCACCUAACUGGUUUGGUCCAGUACUGCUGAAGCACAAGCACUUGUCUCUGUAGAGAGAAGUGAAGCUAAACUGGGGACAGUGUAUAAGGUAACGUUCCCUGUCACUCAGGACUCUUUUUCACAGGCUUUACAGCUCUGAUUCAGGGUAAAGGGUAAAUUAAAGCUACAUCUUUAAUAUUACUUUAAAAUUUGGAAGAUCCUGAUUCUAAAAAUGUAGCUUAUGAAUUCUAGUAAGAUCUGUUUUAUUCAAGUGACUUGAAAUUUCCAAGUCACACCAAAUUCUAAAUUUAGUGUACGAGUCCAGCCUUUUACUAACAGCAUGUAGGACCAACCCAGACUGCUUCUAAUGUCACUUUAUUGUUUUUCAUCUUGAAUUUUCUACACUGUAGUGACAUUUAAUCUUGUAGUAAUGGUAGAAUAAACAUUACAUAAAAAGACAAA